AUGGAAGUACGUGCAACUACCGGAACAAACGAAACAAAUACUGGACCAGAAAUAACACUUCAAAAUCGUGCUGCAAUGAAUACUCGUCUUCGUGUUCUUUAUACUGAUGCGAAUGGUACUCCAGCAAUAGCUGAAACUGGUCGAUUAUGGACUGGACAAACAAAAUCUGUAAAACUUCCAGUAGGUUCUAAGAACAUAAAUAUUAUCGUUGAAAAAGAUCUAUUUUUUGAAACAUGGCGUGUAGCAUAUAAAGGUACAUUAACUAAUGAAAAUCAAUGUGUACGUAUUGUUGGUGUAACACUUUUUUCAAAAAUUCAUCCGUGCAAAUAA